AUGGCCCAACUCCGUGGUACCGUGAGAAGCCCCAAGACAUCAGGCGGGUCCCAACCUGUCAGUAGCUUUGGUGGCGGAGGCGCCUUUGGUGGUUCCAAGUUCUUUCAAAAGAAACUUCAUAAAUCGGCCACAAAGAUUCAAGCGCUCUGCCGUGCCUUUUUGGUACAGGCUCGACUCUAUCGUCAACGCGUCUUGGAACCUCGCUUGCAAGAGCUCCGAGACUGCCAAGCGCGCAAAGCAGAAGAACUGCGUCGGAUUGCCCAACAGUUGGAACUGGAAAAGCAAGAAGCGCCAGAAGCUCUCAAGAAGGAGAUGGAAGACUCCGAGCAAGUGGUGGAAACGUUGAAGAAGGAAAUUGAGGAAUACAAAAAGGCGAACGACGAGAUGAAGCCACAAGUCAAAGCAAUCCGAAAAGAGAAUAAGAAACUCAAGGAGGAGAAAUCGCUUCUCGACGAAAUUGAUUUCAAGACACAGGUAGAAAUCACUCGAUUGAACAAGGAAAUUGCGGCGCUCGAAGAAACUGCCGCCAAGUUCCAACCGGCCUUGCGCGAUGGCCAAAGGCAAAAGGAAGAACUCGAAACGGCGCUGUUUCGCGUCGCACGACAACGCGGUAUUUUGAACCGGAGUAUCCGCAAAAUUGUCAAAUUGGUCGAAGAACGAGCCACUCCACAAACGUCUCGACGUUCCACAAUGAAACGGGUUAGCAGCACGGGAAACAUCAUGCCCUCGUCGUCGUCGACGUCGUCUCGUCGGGCAUCCAUGAGUGGCAGUAUGAGGGACCAUAGCAGCCGAAGACUCAAAGAUUCCAAUCCACAGUCAUCUCGACGUUCCACGAUGAAAAGAGUUAGCAGCACGGGAAACAUCAUGCCCCGCAACAAUAUACAGUCGUCAUCGUCUCGUCGGGCAUCCAUGAACACCAGUAUGAAGGACCAUAGCAACCGAAGACUCAAAGAUUCCAAUCCACAGUCGUCUCGACGUUCCACAAUGAAACGAGUUAGCAGCACGGGAAAUAUCAUGCCCCGCAACAAUGUACAGUCGUCGUCGUCUCGUCGGGCAUCCAUGAGCACCAGUAUGAAGGACCAUAGCAGCCCAAGACUCAAAGAUUCCAAGUCACGUAAGCAUCAUCACAAGAGACACGGCAAGUCGGAACAAGGAGACAAAGGAGAACCCAAGUUUUUCAAUUGGGCUACCCAUUCGUACAAUGAUUCCUCCUCCAUGAAUGGGUCCUCCUCUUCGUUGGGAGGAUCAUUCAGUGAUCUCGCCGUCAAUAUUAAGCCAACCAAGGAAAGUCAUCAUCAUCAUCAUCAUCAUCACUCGUCCAAGAAACGCCAUAGUGGCAAGUCCAAAGGAGCUGCGUCCUUUGAUUGGGUCAAUUGGGCCAAUCAGUCCAUUCACGUUAUGGAACACGAAAACGUCAUGGAAACCAAAGUCGUUCCCAGCAGCAACAACAACAAAUCACGUCGCCGUCAUUCGGUUCAUACAGGUAGCAGUAGCAAGGUUAGUACUACGACCACCACCAAGACGCACGCGGAUGGCAGCAAGAGUGCGCACGCGGAGGGUAGCAAGAGUAUGCGUGUAUUGCUGUUGGAGAUCAAGACGCUCAAAGACAACCUCCCAUCGCAAGACUACUGAGGGAAUGAC